UGCGACUCCAGGUAAAUCUUGUCUACUUAAGCGUUGAGUUGAAUCUGAGUGUAUAGGCUUAUGCAUACACAUAUGUACACAACUCAUUAUGUGUAUAGCCGGACUGAUUAGCUGGCGAUCGGGUGUAAUGUAAUGUUUCAGGGAUCGGGUUCACGGACGCAGACUAUCAUGUGACGUCGUGUCGUCACAUCGACACUGAUUGCAUGGUUUUGAAGAAGAGGCAGAGAGCUCUCACUCGAACAAAAUCGGCGUCGUGGGACCUGACCACCACGAUGACGUCAUCCACUUAACUCGCUGUGGUAUGUACCUUUUGUAACUAUUUUUAAGAAAAAAAAAUAGUUACAUAAGUCAUAUUUGAAAAGAAAGUCUUCUAGUAAUUAGAUUCUGUAAUAUUGUUAUUUAGAGAUGUUACGACGUGGUCUUAUGUCAAUUAGAUAAUGGUCUCAAGUAUUUGUCUUUAUCCCGCGCUGAGUUGCAAGUAUUUUAUUACAUUUAACUGGUGACACUGAUAGUUCCCAUUUUUUUACAGCCAUUUUCUAAUAACGCCGUUAUGUUUUUAUUUUGAAAAGAUGCGUCAUUUAGCACUGAGUUUUGGAAUAGCAAAUGGUUGUUUACAUUUGGAAUAGCAAAUGGUUGUUUACAUUUGGAAUAGCAAAUGGUUGUUUACAUUUGGAAUAGCAAAUGGUUGUUUACAUUUGGAAUAGCAAAUGGUUGUUUACAUUUGGAAUAGCAAAUGGUUGUUUACAUUUGGAAUAGCAAAUGGUUGUUUACAUUUGGAAUAGCAAAUGGUUGUUUACAUUUGGAAUAGCAAUUUGUUAUCAACAUUUGAAAUAGCAAUCAGUUACUACAUUGGGAAUAGCAAUCAGUUGCUGACAUUUCGAUGUGUCCUUUAUUAACCAAUACGGUGGUUGGUAUGUCAUUCGUGAGGGAUGUUACUGACACUGGGAAAUUGUUACUUUACUUACUUUUACAGCCAACACUAUAAGAUCUCCUAGUUAUUAACUGACCUGUUAUUUUGAUAUUUUUCUUCAAAUCAUUUGAGGCUAGUGGAAUGCAAAAUCUUUAUUUAUAGUUCCUUAUUUCCCCUAUCUAGAAUUAAAGAAUCUUAGAUUCACUCUACAAGACAUUGCAGUUUAUCGCAGCAUUUUUAACAUUCCCACAUCCACGACAUUAGAAACAUAUUCGUCUAAUAACCCUUAUAGCUUGUCGUGACAAGGCGACUUUCGCUGAUACAGUUUUCUUGAAAAAAAAAAAAGGUGUUUAUGCUUACUCUGCAUAUUCUGUGGUACACAUUUUGUGUUGUAUCCGAGUCACCAAUCAGAAUGAUGAACAAGGUAUCGUAUCCGUGUUUUUUUUUUGUUUUUUUUUUGGCGUGGUUUUAUAAUUGUUCUUUUUUGCUGUAAAUGUCGGAUCCUUGUGGUUUAUGAAUAUGAGUUAACUGUUUAAAAAAAAAAAGGUGUUUAUGCUUAUUCUGCAUAUUCUGUGGUACACAUUUUGUGUUGUAUCCGAGUCACCAAUCAGAAUGAUGAACAAGGUAUCGUAUCCGUGUUUUUUUUUUGUUUUUUUUUUGGCGUGGUUUUAUAAUUGUUCUAUUUUGCUGUAAAUGUCGGAUCCUUGUGUGUUAUGAAUAUGAGUUAACUGUUAGAUUUUGGUUACAUGUGAUUAGGUUUUUAUCGGAUACAAGUUAAAAAUGGCAUUUUUGUGUUUGUUUUGGCCGUGAGUUGUGUUACUGUUGGUAAAGUUAUGCUUGGGUUGCGCCAUCGUUGGGCAAUGGUUCUAAGGUUAGGCUUGGGUCACCCCAUCGUUGGGCAAUAGUUCUAAGGUUAGGCUUAGGUUAAAAUGUGGGCUGUAGGCAUGGAUUAUAGGUCAAAUUUCAGGCUAAAGCCACUCUAUGUUAAACUUUGACUGUAGCCACUAGUGGUUAUAUUUUUGGCUAUAGCCAUCAUAGGUAAAGCUAAAGGGUUAAUCUUCUGGUAUAGUUGCCGUAGGCUAAACCUCUGGCUAUAUCCGAUAUAUAUUAAACUUCUGGAUAUAGCCACUAAAAGUUAAACCCCUGGCGAUCGCUACUUUAGGCUAAAGCCCUGGAGAUAGCUACUUUAGGCUAAAACCCUGGUGAUAGCCACUUUAUGCUAAAGCCCUGUUGAUAGCCACGUUAGGCUAAAGCCCUGGUUAUAGCCACUUUAUGCUAAAGCCCUGGUGAUAGCCACUAUGGGCUGAAGACCAAGAUCCGGCUUUAUUUAUAACAUGAAUAUCGUCACAUCACUAAUAAUAAUUUUCUAGAUACGUAUGUAUGGCUGUCGCGCUGUGUCCAAUGGUCGCGCAAUUUAAAUGUCAGAAAAGCCAGCACUCAUUAUUGGGAUUCUUAUAAAGCGUGUUACACAAAUGUAUGUUUUAUCAAGUACAUUUAGCAGAUGGGACGUUCACUCAUUGCCGUCGUCAUUGCUUGAUGCGUUAAAUCCAAACUCCACAUAAUCAUUGAAGCAAGGUCGAGAAAAUCUCAAAGAUUUUUUUUCCAUGAUUAUAUCGUGCCUGCAAUUCUGAUGCGAGGCGAAUCAAUGUAUAUUUUUAUACAAACAUUUCAAUACGAUAUUGUUGAUAUGAGAAUCACUUUACAGUAUAACCAGUCGUCUCUUUCUUGGAUGAUAUCAAAUGUUCUUUUUUUGGGGGUGUGUGUGUGUGUGGGGGGGGGGGAGGGAGCUGAGUUCAAUGUAGCACUAAAUUUAUUUCAGGCAAGGUUUUACAAAAGUGGUCGAUCUACUCCUGCGAUACUCAAAUUUCAGGGUUUUGAAUACACUGCUAUACUGACAGGUCAAUCAUCUUGUUCAAUGGAAUCGAUAUGCUCCACCGAGCGUUACCUGUUUUAUAUAUAAUAUCUUACCACAAUAGACAAAUGAUUCGUCUUGGCUCGCCAAACCGAGGCUUUAAAGCUUUGGUUCUCAAUCUUUUUUAAGUCGGGGAACACUAAAUUCCGAUUGUUAAAUUUAUUUUUAUUUAUUUUUUCGCGGAAAAUGUACAAUGGAGUAUUGUUAAACAUACACAUAUUGCGCCCUUUAUUUCAAAUUGGUUGAACGCCCCUGCAUAAAGCUGAUGUUGUAUUGUCUCUUCCGUGCAAAAAAAUAUUUUAGUUUAGUACUUUUAUAAAAGAUCAAAAUGCGAUAUUGAUUAAUGAUAACAUAUUUAUUUUAAAAUUACCUAACAUUACGAUAUCUUAAAAUAAAAUUCUCAAAUUGACAUUCAAAAUUGUGAUACAUGAGCCUGGAGAUCUUUGCAGUUUUCAGAAAUAUUGGGAGGAAUAAAUGAUAAAGCCCAUCGCAUCUCCUCGCCGGAAUUUCCCAGUCCCUCAAGUCUCGUUGUUGUAUUUGAUUUGCAACCGCAUUUUUUAAAAUUCCAUCUUCGCAAAGAUAUCAUGUGGAGGAAAAAAAAAUGUGUACAGUGCUAGACCCAUGUAUGAAAUUUUAACAGAGAUCCAGAAAUUUUAAGGAUCAUUUUCAGGAUUAUUUUCAACGAACUUCAGUUUGAAUCCACGCUCUGACGAGUGUGACGUCAGCACUUCUCCUUCAUUCAGAUUAGAGCUGGAGAAGUCGGACGAAACAAAGGGAUUUUUUUAUCCAAUCAAAUUGUUCGGUGUUUAACUUUAAUAUGGAUUUUUUUUUAAAAAUAUAUUUUCUUCCAUGGUUCGAUUUUCAAAGCAAUGAUUGCCUCGUAUGUAUCCUGCACAUACGUGAACAUUUCUGUGUUGGUUUCUCUUACGUGCAUGUCUCUUCCAUAGUAAAAGUGUGUUGUUGUUUUUUGAAGUUUUUUUUAAUUGCACGUAUUCCGCCAGUCAAUGUAAGAAUAUUUUUGUUGUUUCCUUGCAUACUAAUAUUGACAGUGUUGAAGUAAGCAUGGCAGUGUACUAUUUGAGCACAACAGACCAGUUUUUAAUCAGCGUACCAACUCCUAGGUAACUUUAAACUUGGGCAGAUCCUCGAAACACGAGUCUGGAGCCAGUCAGUAAGACGUAUUUUCCAUAUUUUAAUUUUUUUAAAAAUAGAAUGUAUACGAUUGCUGGAAAUCAGCGAAAUAAGCAGCAUUGACGGCUCAGACACUCAGGGACACAGACACACAGGGACACAGACACACCAGGCGACCAGACACACAUUCACUCAGCCACACAGGCACUCAGACACACAUUCAUAUCAAGGAAACAGACACAUCAGGGGCACAUACAUAUCAAGGACACAUACACGUGUGGGACACAUACAUACUAGGGACACAUACACAUUAGGGACACAGCACUCAUGGACAGAGACAAAUCAGGGACACAUAUAUAUCAAGGGCACAUGCACAUCAGGAACACAUACACAUUAGGGACACAUACACAUCAGGGACACAGGGACUCAGAGGCAGAGACACAUCAGGUACACAAAUAUUUCAAGGACAGAUACACAUCAGUGACACAUACACAUUAGCGACGCACACAUAUCAUGGACACAUGCACUCAUGGACACAGGUACUUAGGGACACAAACAUAUCAGGGACACAUACAUUAAUGACACAGACAAAUCAGGGACACAGACACAUCAGUGACACAAAUACAUCAGGGACACAGGAAAUCAGUGACACAGACACAUCAGGGACACAGACACAUCAUGGCAGAGACAAAUCAGUCAGGGACACAUACACCUUAGAGACACAGACACAUUAGCGACACAGACACUCAGGGACACGGACACUUAGACACAGACACAUCAGGGACACAUGUAAAUCAGCGGCACAGGCACUCAGGGACACAUGCACAUUAGGGACACAUGCACACCAGGAACACAUACAGAUUAGGGACACAUACACAUUAGGGACACAUACACAUUAGGGGCACAGGCCCUCAGGCACACAGGCCCUUAGUGACACAUGCACAUUAGGACUACAGACAUAUUAUAGGAACACAGACACAUCAGGGACACACCAGGGACACAGGCACUCAGGGACACAGGCACUUAGGAACACAGACACAUCAGGGACACAGACACAUCAGGGACACAGACACAUUAGGGAUACAGACACUCAGGGACACAGGCCCUCAGGGACACAGACACUCAGGGACACAUGCCUUCAGGGACACAGACACAUCAGGGAUACAGACACAUCAGGGACACAGGCACUCAGGGACAUAGACACAUCAGGGACACAGACGCAUCAGGGACACAGACACAUCAGGGAUACAGACACUCAGGGACACAGGCCCUCAUGGACACAGACACUCAGGGACACAUGCCCUCAGGGACACAGACACUCAGGGACACAGGCACUCAGGGACACAGGCACUCAGGGACACAGGCACUCAGGGACACGACACAUUAGGGACAACGUCUAAAGCGCAAAUGGACAAUAAAAUUUCAUUGACUAUCGAUUUUACAAUCCCAAACAAAAAAUCAUUUUACAUAAUUGUAUUGAUACUUUUUGUUCCACAAUGUUAAUUGUGGAUAUUUAAUUAUUUCGAGAAACAUUUUGAAGUGUCUUCACGUAGCCCACUAGUUCCGCCGAGCAAGGAUUGAACAUUUCUACUUUAAGGAACACUUCAAGAAAUAUUUCAUUGUUUAUUUUUCCACUCAUUCGUUAGCCUUGGCCGGGGUCGUGCAAAGAAGGGGGGGGGGGACCCUAGCCCUGGGCACCAACAUGAGGAGGGGCCAACAUCAAAAAGGGGGGGGGGACGCGUAAAAAUCGGGGUCGUGCAAAGAAGGGGGGGGGGACACUAGCCCUGGUCACCAACAUGGGGAGGUGCCAACAUCAAAAAGGGGGGGGGACGCGUAAAAACUGACUUUUUAUAUUGCGCAUGUAACGAUCGUGUCAUCAUGAUGACCAUGUUACUUGUAAAUUCAGUUGUAGUGUUAAUUAUCCACAUUCACAAAUCUCAAGGGGAAGUCCAUGUAUUUAGCAUCACAACACAGUAUUAGGAAUAAAUUACACUUCAUGAAAUACAUCUCCCAAAUUGAAGUAAAACAUAACUGAUGUCGUCUAUUUACUUUAUAUAUGACUUUCGCACAGAUCUUUUGAAUAAGUAACACGAUGCUAUGAGAUGUAUGGCAAAGAGCCUAUCUUCAAUUAACAUAUGCUUCUAUUUUCACUAUUAUGUCCUUCUACACUUCUGCACAUGACUUACCUCAAUUAACUUCCUGUUCCUUCUAACUCAUAAAAACAAUACGUUAUUCCGAAACAAAAUUAUUAUCUAAAUAUUUGAUCCGUGGCAGUACAUUAAUAGUGAAUUAAUCGAUACAAAAUCCAAUGCAAUUCUUAAAUACAAAAUUGUUACUGCUCCGCUCCUGGCGGCAUUGUUGUCUAUAAAUAUAUUGACAUUAUUGAUGGGUGUCAUUCUCAUGCUCAUUCCGCCAUGUUGUUUUUCGAGAGUUUAAAAACUAUUUUAAUAUAGCUAUUCCCAACCCUCCAAACAAAUCAGCCCAUCCAUUUUAUUAUUAUAACAAAUUGUUACAUUUCCAACGUUAAUUCUGCUGUUACUGUUACUUGAAAACAGAUGCCUGCAUUCCACGUGACCAAAACCCAUGGAGAAGCUGAUGACAGCCGAACGACGACACUGUUUGAACCAUGCCUCGCUCCCAGCCGAUAGAGAGACAGAUCAUAGCCAGGCACACCUACAAGACGGGCGGGGCUCUCGUGGUCGCCUACGUUGCCCUCUACUUCGCCAUACCCAUCCCGCUACCGCCCCUUCCGGGGCUGAUUGACAGGCUCGUGUUCACGCUCCGCCUCCAGAGCUUCUCGUGCCUGACUCUGAUUGGCGGCAUCGUCGACGUGGCCUUGACCCGCUACAACACCAUCGCGGUCGACCCCAUCAACGGCCGGGGCGAGCACCACGUCGCCAUCGGGGUGAGGUACCUGACCAACACCGUGGAGCAGUUCAUCGUGAGUUUUGUUGGUCAGCUGGUGCUGACCACGUACCUGACCGAGCCCCAGAUGAAGGUGGUGCCCAUCCUGGUCCUGUUUUUUGUCGUGGGCCGUGUGACGUUCUACUACGGAUACAAGAUGUCCUACCUCAACAGGGCUCUCGGCUUCACCGCAACGUUCGGAUCAAGUCUGGCCGUGUGGGUCGUCGUCAUGUUCUACGUCAUUUCCGAUCUCUUCUCUUGACCCCGCGGUAGGGACAUGCCCCGGAGGAACGCGAUCACAUCCAAGGAUAUUGAUUAAUGGAUUUCAGCAACAUUAUGACUAUUGGAUAUUGAUAUAAAUUCGAUAAAGUUAUUUUAAUAGCUGGGAAUCUUGAACUGUCUACAGCAAUUAUUGACAACUUAAAUCUGUGUAUACUGUGUAAAAUCGUGUAAAAAUUAUGUAACUCUAAUGUCAACCAGUGUAAAUCUAACCAAUGCCAACCAGUGUAAAUCCAACUAAUGUCAAUGUCAACCAGCUUAAAUCUAAAUUGCAACUUAACUGUAGUCUCAUAUUGUCAUGGAUUAAAUUAUUACAAGUUAAGCGCUUGUCAGUCAUUACAACAGACCAGGGAUUUGUAUAUUUAAGCUAGCUCAAGCCAUGCACGUAGGUGGGGGAUAUUUGAUUAUAUCCCACCAUCUUAGCUGUGUAAUAACUUUCUGUAAAAUAUGUCGUGAGCAGUCAGUGAAUCGUAAUCACACGGCAUCUCUUUAUAUCUGCACACAAUGCCGUGCGAUGGGGGCCACUUGCCACGGGAACUAUCAUCAGUGGACCCCCAAAAAAUACACCGCAGAUGUGACUUCAAUAUGGUGAAUUGAAUGAUAAAAUCACAUCUAAACAUAUACACAUAGAUCACGUGCGCGCGCGCACACAAACAUACACACUCACGCUCAUACACACACACACAUGCACGCACACACGCGCACGUAUAUAUUGUUGUUCGGUGUUGUUAUUUUAAUUUGCUCAUCGCGUUGCUGUAAGCUGUUUGAGGUAAAUACAUUUCAAACAACAUAAUCCUAAUAGAUCACUUACAGCUCAUCAUUUACAAUUAUUUAAAUAAAUGUACCCCAAAGAAAAGUAUUCUUUUUUGUUCCUGUGACUUACCGUGAGGGUGAGGGUGAG